AUGUGUAGGGAUUUUGACCCGGCUUAUAAGCUCUCUGUCAUCACCGCCGCAUUCAUGUCCUUUCUCGUGCACCAUCAAGCCUUGAGCGACCCAAAUAUACAACCAGGCAUCCUCGAAGCAGCAGCGAUCGCUCGUUCUGCUCCCCAGGCUCUCAUCGAUGCAAAUACAUUUGAACACAUGAUCAGCAACGGAUCCGGCUGGAAUCGUGCCUGCUGGACUAUUUGGGGCGGAUCAUAUGGCGGAGCUGAGCGAGGAGGCUUGGAGAAAGAAAGUAUCUCAUGGGGUGAACAACCUCCUCUUCAGUCUGGUGGGGACGAGUCAGACGAUAACGGGUGGACAGUAGAGCCAACUAUUGACCCAAGACCUUCUGCAUUGUCCAGGGAUAAAGCCCCAUGGACUGCAGAAGAGAAGUGGCGAGCUCAACGACCACGUUCUGAUGACGGUUUAGACGAAGAUGAGGCAGAAAGUCCACCACUUCCUCUUGACCAGGAGCAGGCUACUGUCGCCGAACCCGAAGAAAUCGUUCUUUGGGUGGAGAGUCGGGGGUUCAAUCAACAACCUGCUUUAGCAGAUCGACUUAUCGGAGCAGGAUUGCGAGGACGCUGGGGAUUAAUGGGCCUGAAAGACGGUUCCUCGCAUGGACAGUGGUGGGCAUUUAAGGUCAAGGACUUCAUUCUUCCUGCAUUCUGGCGAGGAUCCGGUAGCACGUCGACCGCAUGA